ACUCCUCUCGAGUUUCACCGGCUUACUUAGGAGCGCGCGCGGAGAAAAGCGACGUCAGUUCGCAGGGGCGAUUCGCCGAGAGCGCAGACGAGCGGUCUCCGAGCUCGCGAAAGUUUUAUAUUAGCCGAGAGACUGCGAGAGACACACGCGUGCGCGCGCGAGACACGGAUCUCUAUCGCGGGAUCGAAAAUGGAGAGCGCGGAUCGCGGAUCCGCGAAGUCCUCCUCCGCGCGGUAACCAGGAGGAAACUCCUCCUCUCGACGCGAUAAGAAGAAAAAAAAAACGACGGGGCGGAGGUUGCAAAAAAGGAAAGUUGCGGGCAGUUAUUCUCGGAGUUCGUUUUGGUAAAAGCGAGCGUCGCUGGUAAAGUACGAGUGCUACACGAUGGAUUAGAAACGUUCGUUGCUGCUGAUACACCGGACCAAUUAGCAAUUAUCUCGGUGCAUCGCGAGGAUAAUUACGAGGAAAGUUAAUUGCGAGAAUAUCGUAACCGAUUAUUUUUGUGCUGACCUCGUAAAUCGCCUCGAGACAUAUCGAUUCGAUUGAUUAGGGAUUGAGUGCGCGCGCGCGCGUCCGCCUGCAUGGUUCUUGAGAGGCUCUCGAGUUUGUGCAAUCGUAAGAACGUGAUCUUCCUUAUUCUGUGCGGCUGCGUGUUUUACGUGCACUUCGUCGCGCGGAGGAGCAACGAAGAGAUAGCAAAGUGCCCGGUCGGCGGAAGGGAAUCGCGAUGUCGCGAGGACAAGGCAUUGAGGUUCCUGAUCGCCCUGUAACUAUGCGGAAGGUGUUCCCCGUGCUCGCGCUCAUCGCAUUCGCGUGUGACAUCUCGCGCGACGUACUGGUCCACGGUGAUCCCGCGAGGGAGCCGGAAGCCGCGGGACGCAGCGGCGACUACGAGUAUCAGACGGAACCGCGCGGACAGUACGACGACGCGGAUGUGCCGCAGAGUUCUGCGGAAAGCGUCCGCGAGCGAACGAGCGAGCCUCCCGCAGACAAAUGGACAAGCAAUCAACGAGAGGCUCUCGAGCCGAAGUGGCGCGACGGCGACUCCGUGCCGUUGCUGCCGUUCUCUCAUUAUCGGUCCGACACGAGUGACGAGGUCGAGAAUGUCGAGCAGGAGGCUUCACCGGAGACGAGUCGCCGACCGUUCAAGUACCAUUAUGCGAUCGAUCAACCGGAUCGUCCCCGAGGGAGCCCGGGCAGGCGACUUCCGCCUCUGGACGAUUACGAGGCCUCGUACCGCAGUCGGGAGGACUACGAGAUUCCCGAUGAGGAUUAUCCGCGCAAGAGGCGUCGUCCGUUGAAGAAUUCGCAGAAUCCGACGUUCUACGAGGAAACGCUCGAUAGCGCGGUGAGCAACGACGGGAAACGCGGCCGUAACGUCGUCGACGGCUCGCUGAACGACCGGGAAGUUACCUGGAGGUAUCGCGAGGCCUUCCAGGCUCGUCCCAACGAGUACGAGCAAGAGUUCAGCGACGAGGAGUACCUGCGCCCUCGUCCGAGGAAGAGGCGACCACCACAGAAUUACGAGUUCGCUCUGGCGAACGAGGCAUCCUCCAACGACGGGGACGACGAACCGAGCGAUUCUCCUCGAUAUCUGUCGAAGAGCGAAUCCGAGAACCUCUCGACGGAAUCGUCCGACAAGCGAGAGAAGGCGCUCGAGCUAAAGUCGCUUUUGAAGAUGCAGCAGGAGGAGGGCUCCAGCCUGUCGGAGAUACUGCAGCGCAGAAAUCUGACUCUGAACGACCUGCUGAAGGGAAAGGCCGAUGUGAUCAACGCCCUGAAGUCGAGGAUCGCCGACGAAUCCGACGAGUACAUCGAGGAGAUGUCGAAAGUGAUGUCCGACUCGCUGCUGAAGCUCGCCGCGACGGUAACGCCACCCUGGGGGUCUACGCAAUCUACGUUCGAAAGUACCACGCUGAAAGUUACGACGACCCCGUCGGAUACGACUCCGAACAGCUCGGUAUCCCACACGACGGCCGCCACGGAGAAUGGAACCGCGAGAGGCCUCGAGGAGAAUUCGAAUCGCGUUAAGGAGAAGUCGGAAGACCUGGAGAAGAUGACGCAGUCCGCGCACGAUUCUUCGUCGUGGCUGAGAGCUCCGACGACCCCCCUGACCAUCUCGACGGUGAUCACCACGUCGGAGUCACCGCCGCUGGUCGCGGUGAACUCCGCGGAGUACUUCCUGAACGACGACGGCAACGCGGAGUCAGCGAGCGACCGCGCGGCGAGGCUCGACGGCCUCGACGAGGACGAGAUCAUGGAGUUCUCGGACUUCACGGAUUUCAAGAAGGGAAAGAGCGCGGCGUCGCCGGUUUGGUCGGACCCGCCGAGCGAGAAGAUCGUCUCGCAACAAGCACCGCGCGAUACCGUGUCCACAUUGAGCAUCGAGCAAAUUCUCAAUCCCACGGAGCGGAGCAAGCCGGCGGCGAAAGGUCGUGAGAACGCUCGGGGUGACGACACCGGCAGCAGGGAUGAUGGAAAAACGACUCGGGAUAAUGGCCGAUCAGUUCCUAUCGCCGUGCCCAGCGCGCAGGAUUACAACACGUUCAUCGGAACAGAGUAUCAGAAUGACGCUCCGAAGCUCGAAGACAGCGGGAAGAGAGGUCAGAUAAAUGAACACUCGAGUAAAAUUGACGCCGCCGUGGGUGGUCAGAUCGAGAGAAAGCAAACCGCGAAUCCGGCUGAUCGUAGAAAGGAGCUACGCGACAAGAAUCAUUCGACUGAGUAUCACCAGGUGACUCGAUCGCCGAGAGAGAGAACUCGCGACGGCGCGUUGGAGAACCAUCGGAAUACGAAACGCUACGAGGAUGUCGUCUCCGAGAUCGAGCCGGAGGCACGAGCGGAGAUCUUCGAGCUGUUCGCCUCCGGCUCGGCCGGCAAGCGGCUGGAACGUCUACUCAAGUCGAGGAACAUGAGCGUGGAGGAGCUGAUAGCUCUGCGUCAGAGAGGCUCCAGCAAGGUCCACUUGACGGAGGUGUCGCAGCUGAGGAUACCCAAGCCGAAGAAUCAGCAAACUCUAGAAACCUCCAACGCGAACAACGGAGAAAUUAUUAUAUCGCUCUCGCCCGUAGGCAGCUCUGACAAACGAUUCGGCGAGCGUGAGGUUUCAAGGAAAGAAGAGGCGAAGCAGGAGGCGGAGGAGACAAUGAAUCGAUUUAAAGACAUCAUGAGCUACUUACACGAUCCGUUCUUCGACAAAGACGCGGAGAACAUGUCGAUGUCGAGAUUGCUGGAUCUCGUCGAGCGCGACAGAAACGCGCCAAGGGAAAUGACGUACCCGGAAAACGAUACGAUGAAUGCCGACGGGCGUACCGAUGAGCUGGAGAAUUCCCGUCGGACGGUGCAAAUCGUCGAUCUACUAACGACGUUCGGUUCUCUGCCCUUCGCGAGAGACGUGCAGCGACAGUUCGAAACUGAAGUCGAUAGCGAACCAAAAGUGAGGCUACCGGUGGACAACGAUAACGCGAGUGUAGUGGUGAUCGAUGAGACGGAGAAGACUCUUCGAUCGGACAACUCCAGUGAAUUCCACGCCGGAUACGUCGAGGAGAUCGUGAGGGAGGAACCGAACGUCAUCGAUAUAAAAACGACGGUGUACGGCGAAACGGUGAACAACGGCGGGGAAGAGAAGAAGACCCUGUCGAGGGUGAAGCCGAGCAUAAUAGCGAGUGGCGCGAUACUGGGCGUGACGAUCGUCGUGUUCCUGGCGAUCUUCAUCGUGUGUCGAAUUCGACAGAAGCAGAAGUACACAUAUAGAAAUACGUUCUCCCGCGCGGUGUUCCAGGGCCCGGUUAUGGCGGCGAGAAAGCUGUCGAAUUCCAGCAGCUUGAGCGCCGUGAUGGUGAACGUUGUCGCUACGUCGACGACCAAAAGGCCCGAGAGAACCGAGACGCAGGAGGCCGUGGAGGACUUCGAUGGCAAGAGCGACAUGGACAACGACUCGUUAGACGCGAACGACAGUUGGGAGACGAUACCCGAUUACGCGAAGUAACUCGUUGCCGGCACAACUGCACGAUUAGCAUGUUAGUUUGGUGUAGAAGAUUAUCGUACAUCAGCCUUAUUUAUUAAUUGUUUGUAUAAAACUUAAAACACAAAAUUAUGCCAAUUUUUAAUCAUAUUAAUUUCACAGUAAUAUUUACUUUGAAAUUAUUACCAUUACACUGAAAAGGUUUUAUGUUGAAGUAAAUAUAUUUAUUUUAACAACAUUUUUCCUAAAUUUAAACAAAUAUUAACUAGGAUAAAAUAAUUCAUUUUUAAACUUAGGAAAUAUUUUUUUAAAUCAAAUGAAUAUAAAUAUAUUUACUUGAACAUAGAUUUUUCAGUGUAGCUUUUAAUAUCGUUCAAGUUUUUUAAUUAUUUAUUUUCGAAACAAAUUAUUUAAAACAAAAAAUUAAUAGACACAUGUAAACCUUUUGCGCCAAUCUAAUAGAAAAUUGCCAGUAUUUUUGUAUGCUUAUCGAGGAUGAGUUAUACCCCGAAGGCUGAUUGAACAUCCUUAGCGAAAGCUACAUCGAUCAUUAAAUUACUCGUCGCGUUAUUUUACUGAGAAGGAAGUAAUCCAGUUCCAUAGAUGUAUAUACGUACUUUUCUAAAUUUAUAAUCAACUGAUAAAAAUUACAAAACAAAAUUGCAAUUAAACUUGCAACUAAAUCAUUUAAUUGGAUUUUUUAGAACAAAUAAGCGUCUUCGUCAUAAAAUUAUUAAACUAUUUUGCUGAACUUCCACGUGUAGAAUAUAAGACGCGUAUUUAUUCAUAGGUUUA